CAGUCCCAGCACCAGCGGCAGCAGCAGCCCCCGGGGUGCAGCUGGACAGGCUGGAGCCACCGCUGGGGCCCCCACAGGGGGGAGGCACCGCCCCCUUCUGCUUCCUCCGCCCUCGCCCCCGCACUGCUGCAUGGCAGCGGUUGAGGUUGCCACUACCCCCAAUCCAUGGAGCCACCACUACGGAGCCCUGCACCAGGCCCAGCACUGCCCCCACACCACCAGGGGACAAAAGUAUGUGGCAUCCUUAUGAAAUUACAGCGAAACACCAACAUACAUACAACACACCAAGAGAAACAGAUGCAAUAUGUCCCACCUCAGCAAAAGGACAUGUAAAUCCAUACCUAAAUAGCAAAACUAUGGACUAUGGUACUUACAGAGAAGAUGUCUUGUGGAAACCAUAUUCAAAAGUAGAACCUAUGAGUACUGGAACUUUAUUGGGAGCAAGGAGACACAACCCUCAGCCUAGUGAAGAUUUCCUGGAUUGGAAGCUGCCUCGAGGAGAAAAAGUAAAGCCCUCCAAAAGUCUUCCACCCUGGGCACAGCCUUUUUCUAAACAAGAGAUCAGGGAAGCAAGCGGAUCAAAGUCCAUCUCUUCUUACGAUACAAAUUAUUUAGGAUUACCACAGGGUUCAGCUACCUCUGCUCAUUCUGACUUGAAAAUCUUAAUCCCAAAACCUACAGAAACUGAGUUUAGGUGUCAUUACCAGCCUCCGGCCCAGGCCUGUGAAUUAAUGGGCCUUUCCUGGGAAAAGGGAUGCAAUGCAAAACAGUAUGCUCCAAAAAAGGGACUUGUUCCUACAGUGACAUUUGCUCACACCCAGAAGCAUGAAAACACUAAGCAGCUGGCCACAUACCAAAGUGAUUUUGGGAAAGAUUAUUUCAGUAUUAUUUCAAUUUUAAAUUCGCUGGACCCAGAACAAGUUAAUAAGUAUGUUGAAAAUGCUCCAGAGCAAGAGAAAAUGAUUCUUCAGAACUUUCUUAACACAGUGAAUGAGAACCAGAAUGAGAAAAUCAGAAAGCCUUCACCUCUGAAGAGACCUCCAGCAGACAAAGUAACUGAAUGCAAAUUGUACCAAACAAUGCAACGGGAGAAAGACCUUCAGUGUUGA